AGCAUGCGGAUUUAUGAUUCUCUGAUAAUCCUUAUGUAGUUGUUGUCCAAAAAUGUCGUUUUAAUGUGUUUCCUCGUCCUGAAGUGUAAGUAGCAAAGAGGAUGAGGAUUGAGACUGAGGGAGAGGCUGCGCAAGGUGGUCGUGUGGUCAGUGCCAGUUGUAGCGGAGGCAGCACCGACACUGAGCAGGGCGUUGCUUCCACUAAAGCGGCAUCGGAAGCAGCCGCGAACGAGAUGAAUACACUUAUGGAUCAUGUUGAACUAGUUUGCAAAAGGUCCUCCUCCUCCUCGUGAUCACAAGUCGUUGUCAAUCCACUUCGAGGACAGACCUAACUACUCGGGUGUAUUUUGCAUUUUGAUUCUAUCCUUGAGCCUGACUUUACCUUAAUUCAUUGAUACGACAACAAGGCUAGCUUAAUUCUUUGUUUUCAUUUUGCGAGGAGGAAGUCCCGACUCGUCCGAGAAUAGUGCUCGCGCCAAGGCGGAAGCAGGCAAUGAGCAGAAGAAGUCGUUGAUCGAGAUUGACGACGACAUGCCGACGACUGCACGCAUUCGGGAAGCGUUUGAAGCUCGCGUGCAAGGUUCUCGAAGGGCAUUGAGCUUGCCGCGACUGAGGCCCAUCCAUGAUCAGUUGCAAGAGGCUCAGGCGGCCGCGAAAGAGCACAUCCGGCAAGCGGCGUUGGCGCGGGAGGCGGAGCUGAAGCAGAUGCCAGUGCUAAGUGAUGCAUUCCUGGGUCAUAUUACGCACGUGGCGCGUCAGGAAUUGAAGGUGAAGGUUGCGCCAGAGGACGUGAAACUUGGGAUGCAGGCUAGCCUUAGCGGUGUGAAAUUGGGAGGCGCGAUGACAUCCUCUGCACGAGCGCAGCCACAGGAUCGGGGCAGAGCGCUGCAAGCCGUGCCACAAAUGGAUCCACUGUCGCGGUCCGUAGGAGCACCGUCCCUCCUUGGGGGUCUCGCGGCGCGACCUCCUAGUUCGACUACACAGGGGGGCGCACCAGGCUCAGGCAGAUUACAAAACCCGUUUGCUUUGACCGCCCCGGCAAAUCUUCUGCGGUCCGCGUCGGCCGCUCCAGCGCCAGGCAAGAAGAGCAUUUUGAGUCAGGUAAUGUCAUCAGAGCUUCCCGUGGUCGUCGCUGCGGGGAAGCCCGCUUUACUCCGGGACGGCAGCAGGCAGGUCUGGCGGACGCAACACCCGUUGCAAAUACCAAAUUUCGCACACAGAAAAAUCGCAGUGGAGCCCGCACCCUUGUCGCCUAAUGCGAAUAGUGUGGGCGCCUUUUCUCCGAGGCACGGGGUCCCUCAGCUUAACCCGGGACGAGGCACAGGAGCUCAGGAGGAGAACCUGUUGUUAAGCUGGACUUAAUAGCUCAUGUUCAACUUCAAUGCCAUCAAUUUUGCAAUGCCUGUAAGUUUUCGGCACGACUUAUCUUAGGCUUACUAGUUACAGUAUAUUGCUAUCGUAAAUGAUAAAUACCUUUUUCGCUUUGUUUCACUUUUGGGUCCUCAGAAAGAUUAGAGUAGCCGGCAAUUAUUAUGAAUCGCGUUCACUUUUAAGAGACACCACUAAUUUUGCAAUCAGCAGUAACGUUUAUGCCCACAUCCAAGGACCACGUUGUUCCCACUGCAGCGACGCAAGCUCUGGUCAGCGAGGAAGCCGCUUUAGGCCCGAGUCAGGGACCUUCACUCAUUUCGGGCAUACCAGUGAGUGACUCGCAAAUACUAGGACAGUUGCCGCCUAAACGAGUUACCAUGAUGCUUCGAGAGGCCAUGCCACCAGACGAAAUGUCGCCUUCUGUUCAUGCAGCAAUUCUAGCGCUCAUGAGAUUCAACGCUGUGCGGCCAGGUGCGCCGCUAGAUCCCAAUUAUGCUUGUGCAGUGAUUUGCCGCGAGAUUCUUGCAAGGUACUAAACCAGUUUCAGUACUAAUCGCCUUCCCUUCAUCACUUGUCUUUGUGGCUGGGUCGCUACCUCGAUUUUGCGAUAUCAUCUACCAUCCACUGAAACAAGACGACACCAGCAUGAACUGUCACUGAGCAUCGAUCUGUAUAGACGCCUCAACUUCACAUGUUCAUAUUUUUUGUCUUGUUUUUGUUAGAAUUAUGGAUCCAACAAUUUCUGACAGGCUGGAGGGUCUACUACGUAACACUUACCCGGAGCUUCGAUUCAAGACCGACCGAGUGAAAAAAAUGGUCCGGGGCAUACUCGCAGAUGCAAGUUUUGACGUCUUAUCUCACUACCAGUCCUUGACGAAGACUGAAAUCCGGACCGUCUUAGGAAGCGUAUUUGUAGACGAUCCAGAUCGGGAGCAAUCUGGUACAAAAGUUUGUUUCGGUUACAGAUUCUUGUAUUCGCAGAUUCGUAAUCGUAAUCCUACAGCCAUGAUCACGUCUAUCACGCCACGACAUGUUUAUGAUUUGACGCGAUCGCUAGAAUCUGAUUUCCACUUCAAUGGUUUCAAGCCUACUACAUACUUAAAUAGAACUCCUCGCUCACGUGCGGCUUUUGGCGAGCUGUGCGAUGGACAAGGAGACAUUGCAGCGUCUUAGCGACUCCUUAGCCACCGUACUAGCAGAUGAGGAGUACGAACUCUACGACGAGACCGCAGAUGACCCGGUGAUCCAAGGAGUGGUUGGCCUCAUGGUGCGCUCAGCCCAAAAGCAGAUAUACGCCGUCGUCCACCGCAACGAAGAGAGCGCAUUAGAAGCUGUACGCAAGGACCUAGUGGCAAAGAUUCGUCAGCUUGAACAAAUUGGAAUGCAAGUGCACGCAUUAGCGACAGAUGGGCUAAGCUCUUCGCAGGAGGAAGAGGGAUUGGAUGUGAACGCCCUGGAGGGUGGGCACGUGCAUGAUAUGGAGCACGCAACCAAGCCGUUAGCCCAGUGGACGGAGGCAGAUGUAAAUCUUUGUCCUUGUGGUUUGCUAAGUAGACCGUUUUAGCAAAACCACUUAAUAUCUAUCCGAAUGAUUUGAUAAAAGUAUGUUGACAGGAGAAGGAAGCUCAAGGUGUAAGUAGUUAGUUUGAGUUUAUAUUUCGGCGUGAUUUUUCCUCAUCUCGAAAAUUGUUGCUCAGGUCGAAAACUGGGUGCGCAGCCUUCCUGAACUGCCACAGAGGGAGACCAUUCUAGAGAUGCUGUCCGGGCUUGAUAUCACAGGCGCCGCACUAGCUCAGUUUGACGAGAGCAAACUGGAGACUCUUGGGUUGGAAAAUUUCGGGACGCGCCGCCACUUUGCCCUAGCAAUACGCGAGUUGGUUUCGCACCAAGGCGGUUCGCCAUUUUUUGCACGACCACCGAAAGCCACCGCCGGGUUACCUCCAGGCCCGAAAGGCGGGACGAUUUUGGUGCCGGAGUACAAUGCCCAGGUACUCAGCGGACGCGAAGAAGAAACCAAAGCUGUUGCCCGAGGUUCGCGUAUCAUUCGUGUCGGACUGGAAAGCGGGAACGGGAAGAAGGGUGACGCUAUAGCGGCCGCACCAUCCAGAGCCAGCAACGUGCUUACACCGACUGGCGUACGACGGGUGGAACAGCAACUGGGUAUGAGUGUGACGUCGGGCGUCAAUGCUCCCGGCGGACUUAAGAUUGUGCCACCACACGCCCGCGGUCUGGUAGCGACAAACAGACGGCUAAACAGCGGAAAUCAAAUCCUGGAGUCCACCCGUUUGCAAGGCCUGAACAAAAAGGUUUUCGGACAGAUAUCCGAAAUGGAUCUCAAGCGGACGCAGCAGGUCUCGAAGCGAACGGCUUCGCCGGGCGACAGUACCGCGACCCUCACUGCACCCGCAUUUUCGGUUUUGCCAGCGGUGGAGCGGUCUCUCGCAGCAGUUCGAAGUACAACACCGCCUCCGCAAAAUGUUCGCGGUAAAUUUGGAAUGACGUCGACUUUGGAGGGUCCGCAGGUUCGCCCGGCUGCGCCGCUUCAGCCUCCGGCCGUCCCGUUGAUCUCCCAAGCGUUCGCACAGGACGUUGAAUUGGCGCGCGUUGGACGGGACCGCGCUGUGUUUGCUACAGCCGAGCGACGCGGUUUAACUCUUGGUGACGGCAAAGGAGGGCCGAAGCUUGCUAUUCCGCUACUGGACACUUCGAACGUGGCGCUGACUCAAUCUAUCGGCCAAUCAGGGAGCAUUCUGAGCCGGAUGCGGAACGAGGUGAAUGGACGCCGUCGCGAGUCGCAGUUUCGAAUGGAGGAGGCGAUAAAGCGCGCGACUGCGGAUCCGUCUGCGAGGCGACCGAGCGCCUCUCCUGGGAGCGACGGGCGCGCGGAGUCGUCACCACCAGGCGGUCGCAGCUCGAAGGCGAUCUCGAUUACGGAUAUUCGCCGCCCACUCGGGGGACUGCCACCGCUGGGUGCUGGCGAGUAUGUCACGUUUGUGGACCCCACUAGCCCGGCAGGGAUCACGAUUGUCGCAGCGGGAGGAACUUCGGAUCCAUUCCCGCUGCACAACACUACGAGCAAGAACACGGAGUCAGAGUACGUGAUGGACGAAAUACCAGUAGCUUGGAGAGGCCGCGUCGGGCGCGUGCUGGGCUUACCAGUGCAAGGAAAAGUUCCCGUCGCAGUGCAGAGUCCGAAUGGCGCAGUCCAAGAAACGGCGUUCAUCUCUACAACACUCCUUAUGCCAGCUUCGCCAGCACGCAUCGCUAAAGAAGGUAUUGUUCCUGCGGCAGCGCAGCGUGAGAUCGAGAAACAUGCACGAGCUCGUCGAGGUUCACUGAACCUCCCACAGGGUCUGCCCUUGCCCCAAAUCUCUCCUCGCAAUCUUUCGCCACGGCGGUCUGGAAGCGAACAGCCGAUCCUGGGAGGGUCUCCAGGUCUAGCUUACAACGCAGCACAGACGAGCUCAGGAAAGAGUGGGACUACUCCGAAUGAGCUUAGCAGUGCUGCGGGGAUCACGAUUGAUCCAUUUGCUGGCGCUUUGACGUCUUCCUCGUUGGGCGGAACUACGGACGCUCUACAAGCGAUGGAUGCUGAUGCAGGAGGGCCAGGCGCGAUCACUCCAGCAACCUCGCGCACACUUGGCACGCCAGGUCGAAGUCGUCCGAUGGCACCGUUCGCGCCGGGACAGGAGUCUGGCAGUCGAGCUCAGCUGCCUGUUUCUUUGAAGGCGCGAGCCAGCGCGGCGAAAUCAGUCCGGCGGCCUACGGUAAAAGCAAAAGCGAGAGCACGUGCAUCUACGCCACAGUCGGUGACGAGUCGUAAAGUCUCUGCGGCCAUUCGCUCAUCAACAGCCGCGUCAAGUCAGUCAGCAGGCGCGGCUAGCGGAGGUGUCAAGAUGGCGCAGCUCCCUGUUGGGUCGGCAAGAGUUAGCGGAGCGAAUGCUCCAGUCAAAGGAAAGCCAGCGUCUCUAGCCGGCGCACCAAAGCGUACCGCGAAAGCAACCAAGGCAGCGGAGGGUGAAGCAGCAAUGCCUGCCGAUGAAGCUGCUUAUGAUCCUCCUGCGCGAACUGGAAGUGGAAUUCUCCGACCCGCGGCCGGGCGGAAUCCGGCAAUGAUCAGAAGCAAACGGGGACAGCAACAAGUCGUGCAACAGCCCGCGCUUUUCUACUCCGAGCGCAUAGUAUCAUCAGCACUUCCCACGAAACAUGAAAACACUAGUAGUAGUACAGGAGCUUCUGCGAGCACGACGGCCUUUUCUUCUGCGUCUCCAUCUCUGGCGAUUGAUCCAUCAUGGCGGUCUUUUGUUCCAGCACCGAGGGUUUCGCGUAGUGAAGAUAGUACUAGGCGACUGAGCCUGCUAUCAGAAGCCGAGUCGGAUAUGUCAAAUAUCGUGAGCCACAAAGAUAGAAAUAGACGUGUAGUGUCGUCGGGUGCGACUCUGCGAAAUAGGAGCCGGACUCCAGAAGGGAGGCGAUCUGGCAGGGCUGGGAGGUUUUUGCAACCUAACAAUGGCAGCGUAGAUCAGUACCAAGAAAAGAGCACAGGAUACCUAAACUUGCUUUCGCCCGAGGUAAAGCAGGGGGGCUUGUUCAUUAGUGAGAUGAAGGACAUGCCCGCAGGCACUGUGGUAGAAAACGGACAGCCUAAUGGGGAAGUAGAAGAUCCAUGUGCCGUGUCUUUCAUGAACCUGCCAGAGACGGUCGAAGAUGUCAAGCCCGUGGUGGAUUUUCCGGUAAUCACACCAACAACGCCUCCCGACACGCAGUCACGGUUUGCGCCGCCACCACCCCGUGCGGCCAAGCAGGAAGACACUGGCAGUAAAGAGACGACACAAGAACAAGAGGCGCUUUCAGUCGUCGUGCGAACCAUCAACGCGACAAAACAUGCGAAGGCUGCCUCAAAGCUCAAUCCAGAUGGUGUCACGACUGUGACGGGUCGAUUGGCCAAUCGCAGGCAGCGACGCUGAGCUCGUCCAACUCGUAGCUUAAAGACGUUGGCUUUAUGGAGACAGACUAAGGGAAUGACAAUAGGUCAAAUUAAUGCAAAGAUUAUGAUUGCGACGAAGCAAGACCAAGAGUAUUCGCAAUUCCUCAGUGCGACGUGAGAACAUACAUACUUAAGAAAACAUGCACGGUGAGCCAAAGCUACGGCUAUUCAAUGAAGAUUUGAGACACGCUUGUUGCCUCAUAAUGAGAGGAGAAUAAUAUGACAUUUCAUACUCAUUAUCCACAGUUCUGCCUAUAAUUAAUCUAGAUGUUCGAAACAGGUACUUGAAGAGAUGUUCGUGUUCCUUCAAUUUUUCAAUCAAGUUGACACAUACAUAGAUAAUAAUCCUCAAUGUCCAAGAGCUAACGUGCUCGUAUGUCAUGCUGGCAUUAUUCGAAAAGUGACAAGGGAUGCAAAAAAAUACAUUAACAUUUCGUUGCAGUCGACAAAACACUUCAUUACUAUCUUCUUCAAAAGUAGUCGGUCUUCAUUUGAGCAAAACACAAACAUCUAGAUGGCAAAAACUAUCACAUGAAAGUAGGUACUAGGAUGAACAGAAUUACUAUCUUUGUCUCCAUGUUGACCAUAGCGAAAAAAAAAAUCCUGUGCCAGAAGAUAUCUUCGAAUUCAAGACACAAAUCGAUUGCAUUGAUCAACGAACAGUCUUGCGCAUUCCUAACUAUCAUCUAUCAGCAUUUUCAUACAUAUCGAUCAAAUACAACGAUCCUAAUAAUAAAGUGAACAUGCUUGCAAUUGCAUCAACGAUUAUGGUGGAUGGUUGAUAGAACAAGCAAGCAAUAGGCUUCAUGUUGUGUAGAUCUUCGCCCCUGGUUGGAAGGGAGACGAGUGCCUCUGAGAGGACAAACGCGCGCCCGUGGUGGGACGAGGUGCCGCCACCUCUGACAGGGAACGUGGGCGUCAGGCGCUGAGCGUCCCGGUGGGACACGAUGAGGCGCCGCAACGCGAGAUGUGCGUCGCGAUUGGUGCGCAGCAUUGGGGAGGCUGGGACGCGUGGAGCCCCUUCUUGUUCUUACUGGGGGGAUACUGGGAAAGCGCAUACUGGCGUGGCUGCGCGAUGGUUAUUCCUCCGGUGAUGCAAGAGAACAAAAGAGAGACUGCCAGCCCGGAGCGUUGUCCUCCAUUGCGUGCCAGGGCCUUCGCUCUUGUGAUGAGAUGAACCGCCAAUGGCACAGCAGGAGCGGGGGGCGCGUUGGCUUCCGUUCUUAUUGUCGUCUGACUCUGGGCGUCCAUGGUGAGGAGAGGCCCACAGCCUCGGCAGGCCGGUGCCGCCUCGUUUUCUUCCAAAGAAAGGCAAAGGGGCAGGGCCAUGGCUGCGAAGCCGUGAGGAGCUUCGGCGGGCUGGUUGGCUGCCUUCGUGCGGUUGCUUUCUCGACCCGUUUCUUGUGGUGUGCGCGGCCUUGUGGCUCGCCUCGCCCUCGUCGGGAUCUGUCCGCACCCCUCCACCAUCUUCCCUUGUGCGUUCUUCCCUCCUCGGUUGCGCUUGCGGUCGUUGUGGAAGGUGGACCCCAGCCACGGAACCGCGCGCCGGUCGCCAGUGCCUAGUCCCAGGCGGGCGGACUGGACAAGCAUGCAAGUGCAACGGCAACGCGUAGGCUUCGCACUUCUUGGCGCUCAGUGUGCUACUCUUUUGGGGUCUGAUCGCUUGGCCUGGAGGCUGGGUUGAGGAUUCCCAAGGCGUACCUGGUCGCUUGAAGUUGGGCUUCUCUGGCGAACACCUACCACCGACUCCCCUGGUGGAGUAUUCCCGCGCCAGUUUGGAACACGCGCGAGCCUGACGGCAAGGCCCUCGGCCUGGCCUCGAGUUCCCCCGGAGACUGAACACCGGCAGCGCCAAGUAGAGCAAGCGGCCGCAUAAGGCUCAGCGCGUUGAUGAGUCCCCUUCUAUGCAUACAUGCGGCGUAGAUGAAAUAAAAUGAAGCUGAGAAGCUGUAAGGUCUUUGUUACAUAAAUAUGUCAGGUGUAAGCACUACUGGUUCUGGUACUGUAUCGUCCUUUAUUGGUCACAUACUC